AUGUGGUUUCCAAGCAACUGCUUCAGAUACGUGGCAGACGGGGCUUCACCAAAAUCACAUUUUUAUACGAAGAAGAAAAGAAAGAGGAAAGUAUACAGGGGCACCACUGCAAAAUCCAUUAUUUCAAUUUUUAAGGAGAGAUUUCCUGGUGGGUCAGCCAUUCUGAUCACGCUCCCCAUCAUUUUUUCUCGUGAAGAAGGAAAAAAAAAAAAGGCAUUCUUGCUCAAUAAUUCCACCAUCUCUUCUCGUUUUCGGUCUCACUCUCAGGCUCAGGACGCACUCUCUCUUUCGCGUCCUGGAUUCGACGUCGAACCCGGGCCUCGCGAAAAAGCUCUUUUGGCAGAAGACCCAGCCCUCAAGCGAUUCAAAUCCCAUAAGAAGAGUGUGGGGAGGGUUAAAAGAGUUCCAGACGGUCUUAUAAUUGGAUUUGAUGUUUGCGAAGACUUGACUGCACUGCAUAUGCAAGCUCCAUAUCCUCCCUACAAGGCCUUGUGCCUUCAAGUUUGUGCAGUUGUUUUAAUGCGGGUGGUAGAUAGAAAUGAAGAAGAGGAACGUGCUUGGUGGAUAGAAAAGCAGAAGAGGGAAGUGCUUGAAUGAGCAGUUAUUGCUGAUGACAACAUUGGAUGUUUCAUGAUUUUGUUUGUUUUUAAGUGGAAUAAUCCCCAGCUUCUUGUAAACGAAUUCUUGUUCUGCUGUGUCCUAUAACCUGAGACCUGGUUACUGGUCUUGGAUUAUGAACAAGGAAAUUUAUGUGAAAAGCAUGUUUCUUGCUUUACCAA